GUUAAACGCGGCAUUGUGCGACACUGGGAGGUACAAGUAGCUUUUUUCCCUUUUUCAUCAUCUUUAGGUAUCCUGUGCUCUCAUUCUCGUUCCCAUUCCCGUAUCUCCACCCUCAGCUCUAUUUAUCCUAGGCCAUCGUACAAUACAAAAUCACAAAAUGCCCUUUGCGCAACUUGUCUUGGGAAGUCCAGGCUCGGGAAAAAGCACAUAUUGCGAUGGCAUGCAUCAGUUCAUGAGCGCGAUAGGGCGUGAAUGCUCCGUUGUAAACCUAGACCCUGCGAACGACCACACGAGUUAUCCCUGUGCCUUAGACAUUCGCGAUUUAAUUACCCUUGAAGAGAUUAUGAGCGACGAUCAGCUUGGCCCAAAUGGCGGUAUAUUAUACGCGUUUGAAGAGCUUGAGAAUAAUAUGGAAUGGCUUGAGAAUGGACUGAAGGAGUUGGGAGAAUCGUAUAUUCUAUUCGACUGUCCUGGUCAAGUUGAGCUAUAUACGCAUCACAACUCGCUCCGGAACGUCUUCUUCAAGCUCCAAAAGCUUGGCUACCGACUUGUCGCCGUUCACCUUUCCGACAGCUUCUGCCUUACCCAGCCUUCUCUAUACAUCUCCAACUUACUAUUGACCCUUCGCGCCAUGCUUCAGAUGGAUCUCCCUCAUAUUAACGUUCUCACCAAGAUCGAUAAAAUCGCUUCCUAUGACCCCUUACCCUUCAAUCUCGAUUACUAUACCGAAGUACAAGACCUCUCGUACCUUAUGACAGCCCUCGAAGAAGAAUCACCCGCAAUGCGUAGUGACAAGUUCCGUAGACUGAACGAAGCCAUCGCCAACUUGGUGGAGAGUUUUGCCCUGGUUCGCUUUGAAGUCCUUGCCGUUGAGAAUAAGAAGAGUAUGACACAUCUUCUGCGGGUUAUCGAUAGAGCAAGCGGUUAUGUUUUCGGCGGCGCGGAGGGCGCAAAUGACUCCAUCUGGCAGGUUGCGAUGCGCAAUGAAAGUUCGAUGAUGGAGGUCCAAGACAUCCAAGAAAGAUGGGUUGACGCGAAAGAUGCAUAUGACGCGGCAGAGGAAAAGGAGUGGGAGGAGCAGCGUAGAGGAAUGGAGGGCAAUACGGGAACUACCACACCAGACCUGAUCCCAGACGAUGACGAUGAUGAAUUCGACGGGAUGCCGCCCCCAACAGGUGAUAGCGGAAUUAAGGUGGUUCGCAAAAAGCAGUGAUACCUUCUCAACCGUCGCUUAUUUCCCCCAUUUCUACGUCGACAUCGUCUUCAGCGUCUCGUAAGUCUUCACGUUGUGGUAGUUCGAACUCGCCGAACAUAUUGCUGAAGGUGUCUCUAGUCUUUUCUUUUUGAUCGUUUUCCGCUGCGAAAAUGAGAUUUCGAGCGCGGCGAAUAGCUUCCUCUUCUGCCUUACG